CAUGCGCAGUCAUCUUUCUGGCUAUUCCCGUGCCUGGCCACGUCAAGAUGGCGACCUCCGUGUUAAACACGCUGCUGAGGCGGCUUACUGUCUUUUCGUCCUUCCGAAGUGCCUACGGAGUUCAGGUUCCCCUUCAGAGUCUUUGCACCAAAGCCCCCUCUGAGAAAGAUUCUUCACCCCCAUUUCCUAUUUCCCCUUAUAAAGAUGAACCCUGGAAAUACCUGGAAUCAGAAGAAUAUCAGACCCGCUAUGGUUCCCGCCCCGUCUGGGCUGACUACCGCCGCAACCACAAAGGUGGUGUACCUCCACAGAGGACUCGAAAGACAUGUAUCCGUAGGAAUAAAGUUGCUGGGAAUCCUUGCCCCAUCUGCCGGGAUCACAAGUUGCAUGUUGACUUUAGGAACGUGAAGCUGUUAGAACAGUUUGUCUGUGCCCACACAGGUAUUGUCUUCCAUGCUCCAUACACAGGUGUCUGUAUGAAGCAACACAAGAAGUUGACACAGGCUAUCCAGAAAGCCAGGGAUCAUGGUCUCCUUAGUUACCACAUUCCCCAGGUUGAACCCCGAGACCUUGACUUCAGUACCUCUCAUGGAGCUGUGAGUGCUACUCCGCCAGCCCCCACCCUGGUUUCGGGGGACCCUUGGUACCCAUGGUACAACUGGGAACAACCUUCAGAGACAGAAUUGUCCUGCAUUCGCCGCCGUUAUCAGGGUCAUCUCCAAGAAGAGAGUGGCCCUCCACCUGAGUCAAUGCCUGAGGUGCCCCCCACAACAGCCGAAGCUUCCUUUACUGAGCAGACCAGUCCCCAGAGUGCUUCAUAGGAGCCAUAGACUGGGAAGGGGGCCUGACUAGGAAGUGGUGCCUAGGAUUACAUAAAUGGGAUGUUACCCUGAAGAUUUAUAAUUUAGGCAGGUCCAGGAAGGACAUGAAUGUUGUUGAAGGGGAUACAUCUGAGGCUGAGGGAGGGAAGCACAGAUGUGUAUCAGAAACCCCAACCCCUAUAUAUAUUGUCAAUAGAUGGUUUAAAAAUUUGUUGCUCUUUCAGACUUCUGCCAACUCAGCUUUUCCACAAUAAAGCUGUAUCUUCUGUCUCUGAUUUAU